AUGAAGGAGGGAAGAAACCAAAAAGGAGACGAUUCCCCUAUCAGCUUUCACCAGAACUCAAGUGGCUUGGACGGCCUGGCUCUUGAUUCUUCCGCGGCAGGGCUUCCUCUCUCCACCGGAACCAAACAGCCAGUAGAACCGGAAAGCGGGAUAAAAGGGAAAGUCGACGGACGGGAGGCUUCCCAAAUCGGCUCGGAACCUGACCUAGUUCACCCUCUCGCGACCGCUUUCGAAUCCAUUCAUCGUCUGCUUUUGAUUGCGUCGACCCGGGAUUUUGGCUUCUCGCGCCCGUCUUAG